AUGGCUCGUUCACUCGCCCUUCUCGCUCUCUCCAGCGCCGCUGCCAUGGCUGCUGCUCAAUCUACUACCGUCUCUCUGCUGCUGCCGUUUGCCGAUCCCCAGAAGAUCGUCGCUUCUGUUAUUGGCGUCGAUAGCACGGCUACGACUUAUGCUUAUGGAUGUCCGCCUGGAACGCCGUCUGAUGACUGUGGCUUUGAGAGCAGCCAGACUAUUACGCAAGGUCCUACUACUUGGAUUUUCACUAAUACUUAUAAUGGUGACGGUGGCGUUUACACCGAGGGUGGCCACUGCAAGCUCUCUACCGCAGCAGACAUCGCUUCGUGCAGCGUCUUCAUGGCCGCGCAAGACACCGCCGGCAGCGUCACUUCCACCUCCAGCACCGGCACCCAGUCCUUCCUGUCCGUCCAGCUGCCCGUCACCAUCACCGCCGGUCUCGAGAAGCUCAAGGCUACUCCUGGCGCCUCGGCCACUGACGAUUCGACCGCUGCUCCUACCAACACUGGCGCUUCCGAGACGACUGCUUCUUCGGGUUCGUCUACGACUCUUGCUAGGCAGACGACUGCUGCGAGCACGGGUACCCGGACUGCUUCUACUACGGCUGCGCCUAGCAGCACUAAUGCUGCUGGUGUGGUGAACGCUCAGAAUGGCUUGUUGGCGGGUGUUGCUGCUGUUGUUGGUGGUGUUAUGAUGUUGACCCUCGCUAUUAGGGUGAAGGUGAAAGGGUGCAUUUUACACCUCAGUGAUUCUCAGCAGUUUCGCACUACUUCAACGAUAGACUCUUCUCAGCGUAUUCUCACCACUUCCACGAUGGGUUCCCCCCAGCAACAUGGGUACAGCCUCUACAGCAGAAUUCUGCACGGGACCAAGGAUGUCUUGCCCAAGUUCUUCUUCAUCGCCGUCUACAUCGUCGUCAUCGUUUACCUCAUGGUAAUGUUCAGGAAACAACUGGCUUCCAAGCCAACGGACGAAGAAUGCCAGCACCAAGAUCAACAUUAUGGGAGGUUUCGUCGACGGGGGGAGAUGGAACCUGAGACGCAGGCUUUCGCGUCGGGUCUGGAUGUUUCAAGGUACUAUGCAGACGUUGUUUGA